GGAUGGCAAUCCUACUGUGGAGAGGAGGAAGACGGCGUCGUGUAAGAGGUCCAGAAGUACAGAUGAUCUUCAUGAACAGCAUGGGGAGGAAGAUGAUCAAGAAGCUGAUAAAAGUAAGAAUGCUUUAACGUUGUCCAGAACAAAGAUAUCACAGUACUUCCACAUGCCCAUAAUGGAAGCAGCCAAGGAGCUUGGAGUGGGCAUAACCCUAUUAAAGAAGAGGUGCCGGAUGCUGGGAAUUCGCCGGUGGCCUCACCGGAAGCUCGCCAGUCUUCAAACGUUAAUCAACUAUGUUCAGGAAUUUGGAGAUGAGAAUAAUGAAAAUGAAGGUUUGGUGGGGAGAGCGAAGGCAACGAUAGAAAUGCUAGAGUGGGAGAAGAAGCGGCUGGAAGAAUUUCCAGAUUUGGAGCUAGAGGAGAACACUAAAAGAUUACGGCAAGCUUGUUUCAAGGAUAACUACAAAA